GUGUAGCCGUCUUUUUAAUCACAAUCACGUUGAAUUUUUUUUUAUCACGAUUCGGAUUCACGAGCUGGCGGCGCGAAAUCGCGAAUUUUCAUUUUCGUUUCAAUUUUCAAUAAUUCCGGCGGUUUGCUUUUAUUACGAAAUGAAUUGAUAAUUGAUAAUUGAUGUUGAAAUGCGAGUGUCGAAUAAACGGUAAAAAUUGGUAACCAUUCACUCGUACUACGGGACUAGUGACUACCUGCGUACCUAACUUAACAAAUGAAAUAAUUGUUCGUCAUUCGUCUGUCGAUGCGGAUUUGAUGGUUCAUUCGCUUUAUGAAAAGUGCAAACUUAUAUACUCGUAUUUCCGUUGAACGAAAUAAAGUAAUUCCGAUCGUCGAUUAAUAAUUAAUUGAAACCGAUAUGAUUGCCAUGGUUGCGUUGGAACCUCCGCAAGAGGGCAUUCGUUUGAAAGAGGAACACACAUUAGCUUACGUAAACGAUGUCAAUAAAGGGCUAGGCGUUCUGUAUAUCACCGAAAACAAUAUCGUAUGGAUAAACGAGUGCAAUAGCGAAGGUUUCACGCUGAAUUAUCCCGAUAUUUCCAUUUUUGCCGUGUGUACCGAUCAAGAAAAGUAUUCCGAAAGUUGCGUGUAUAUGUUGGUAGAUGACGAGAGUUCAAGUGCUGACGACGAUAGCGAGUCGAAUGGCGACGAUGACGAGAGUAAAGAAAUGGAGAUCAGAUUUGCUCCGUUAGAAGGAACCAACGUUCGCGAUUUAUUCGAUUGUAUUCAAGCUUGCAAUCAACUCCACCCCGGACCGAACGAUUUAAACGAUAGCGAUAAUACGACGGAUGAUGAUAAUUUCGAUGCUAAUGACGAUGAUGAUGAGUCUACUGGCUACACUAAUGGCGCCGAUGAUUCUGGAAAUUUAAAUCAAGAUAAGUACGAAUGAAUUUUGUUUUUGCAGAUCCCACGAAUCCUAUUAAUGGUCAGUUCGACGAUGUUGAAUGAACGCGAGGAAACGAUGCGAAUCUGUUUAGAAUUUACAGCUGAAACUCGAGUUUUGUACAAAUUUCCAUUCAAUAUAUUAAGUUUUUUCGUA